AUCUUCUACGAGGACAGGAACUUCCAGGGUCGGCACUAUGAGUGCAGCUCCGACUCUGCCGACCUCUCCCCUUACUUCAGCCGCUGUAACUCCAUCCGUGUCGAGAGUGACUGGUGGGUGUUGUACGAGAGACCCAACUACAUGGGAUACCAAUAUGUCCUGAGCAGGGGAGAGUAUCCUGACUACCAGCGCUGGAUGGGAUUCAAUGACACAAUCAGGUCAUGUCGCACCUACCCUUACGUAAGUGGAAACUACAGAAUGAGGAUUUACGAAAGGCCUGACUUUGCAGGGCAGAUGAUGGAGUUCAUGGACGACUGUUCCUCUGUCUACAAUCGUUUCCGCUACCGUGACAUCCACUCCUGUCAGGUGCUGGAUGGUUACUGGAUCUUCUAUGAACAUCCCAACUACAGAGGCCGACAGUACUUCCUGACACCUGGGGAAUACAGGAGGUAUAGUGACUGGGGUGGCUACAACUCAAUGAUCGGGUCCUUCAGGCGCAUGAGGGACUUAUCAAUCACUCAAAACACUUUAUCAUUCUCGAUGAACUUCCAGGGUCGGCACUAUGAGUGCAGCUCCGACUGUGCCGACCUCUCCCCUUACUUCAGCCGCUGUAACUCCAUCCGUGUCGAGAGUGACUGGUGGGUGUUGUACGAGAGACCCAACUACAUGGGAUACCAGUAUGUCCUGAGCAGGGGAGAGUAUCCUGACUACCAGCGCUGGAUGGGAUUCAAUGACUGUGUCAAGUCCUGUCGCAGUUACCCACCUUACCGAGGUGGAAACUACAGGAUGAGAAUUUACGAGAGGCCUGACUUUGCAGGACAGAUGAUGGAAUUCAUGGACGAAUGUUCCUCAGUCUACGAUCGUUUCCGUUACCAUGACAUCCACUCCUGUCAGGUGAUGGAUGGUUACUGGAUCUUCUAUGAACAUCCCAACUACAGAGGCCGACAGUACUUCCUGAGACCCGGGGAAUACAGGAGAUACAGUGACUGGGGUGGAUACAACUCAAUGAUCGGCUCCUUCAGGCGCAUGAGGGACUUCUAA